AUGCAAACCUUAUACACUCGUAUUGCUGCAAAUGUUCAAAAAGCGUGCAGCAAGAAAAAUAAGAAAAAAGGUGUGAAUGAAGAAGAUAUAGAUGUAAAAAUAUUGGAUGAAAGAAACAAUCUUGUUUCUGAAGAUUGUACUUGUUCGGAAUUAUUUACUCUCAAUGAACCACUAAAAUUAAUAAUUUCCGAACAGUGUCUAGAUAUAGUUUUAAAUGCACCUUGGGUUAUUAAUCUUUCACUGCCCAAAAGCAUAAUGGUAGGUUUCCCAGUCUUUCCUGAGAGUCUCGAGACUCUUUAUACAGAAAAAGAACUCACUAUAUACAACUGGUAUAGAGGGAAAGUUAAUAAUAGCAAAGGCAAUGAAAUAAGUGAUGCACAUGUUGAAUGGAACUUUAUUGUAAGUAGUUUUUCCUACACACCUAAGGCAGAAGAUAUCGGACUUAAACUAAAAUUAGAAUGUAUUCCAGUGAAUGCAAAACUUAGUGGACCUGUUGUAGAGAGUAUCUCAAAAAAUUUAGUUGAAGCUGGACCUGGAAGCUGUCCAUUUGAAACAAGACAUAUGUUUACACCUACAAAGUUGAAUGGCAAAAGUUUCAGAUGUGUGUCAUACAAUAUUUUAGCAGAUUUAUACUGUGACUCGGACUACACUAGAACUGUACUGCACCCAUACUGUCCACCAUAUGCAUUGAGCAUUGAUUAUAGAAAACAGCUUAUUAUGAAAGAAUUGAAAGGUUACAAUGCUGAUAUAAUUUGUCUACAGGAAGUUGAUGGCAAGAUAUUCAAUAAAUGUCUAAAACCAUUUUUGGAUGGUGACAAUUUCAAUGGAUUAUUUUAUAAAAAAGGAAAAACUGUUGCAGAAGAUAAACGGAUAAGUGUAGUUUUGUGUGGGGAUUACAAUAGUGUACCCUCAUGUGGAAUAUAUCAGUUGUUUACUACCGGCUUGGCACCAAGUUCUUUGGAGGAUUGGAAAUCAAGUCAUAAUAACCAAGAUGGCAAAAAGGUUCACAAAACAUCAAUUAAUAAGUACCCACAAGUGGCACUCAAGUUGCCUACCAAUAUGGUAAAUAUAAAUGAAGCUGAAAUGGGAAGAUUUUCACCUUUAAGAGAAAGAGAUAUUACUGGUCCUGUUAUAAAUGUAUUUAGCAAAAGAAAUGAUUCACCCAGAAUUGAUAUAACAUCUCAAUGUGAUCCGUAUGCUAACAAGUAUGAUUGCCGUGGCGCUGUAAGCUUGUCCUCUUCAAUGCAGAGCAAUGUCCCAAAUCCAUUCAGUGGGAACCACACUCAUCUCAAUAUGCCAGGCUCACAAUGGGGACAGGGCUAUAAAUAUCUGUCUGAUAAUUUACACAGUGCUCACUAUCUUACUCUAAGAAAUGAAUUCCGUAAAAAAAACAGUUUAACAAAGUUAUAG